AUGGGCCUUUCCCUAAUUCCGAUUAUAUUCGGAGUGCUUCUCCUUUUCACCGUUACACCACGGUCUCUAUCUCAGCUUCCUCCGACCAUAAUGGCUCCGGCGCCAGCGCCAACUCCGGCUUCCGAUCUCUGCAACGGAAUAUUUCUCUCCUACAAAUUCAUACUCGGUCGCAAGAUCCCUCCUAACGACACAACCGACCAGCCUUAUCGGUUCGAAUCAGUCCUCACGGUUCUCAACAACGGCCGCGAAGAGCUUAAAGAGUGGAGAGUGUUUGUCGGAUUCCGCCAUCGCGAGAUCCUAAUUUCGGCCACCGAUGCCCUAAUCGUAAACGGAACCGAGCUUCCUGCUCUCGUAGGAAACGGCACCAUCUUGGGUGGUUCUCCUGUCUCCGACCUAAAAACAGCUAUUCAGACCGCCGGCGACUUAAAACAGAUGAGCGCUGUGAUCAAGCUCGUCGGGACUCAGUUCAUGGUGACUCCUCCGGCGAUUCCUUUGCCGUCCAACAUAUCCCUUGUCAACGAUGGUUGGCUCUGCCCUGAGCCUACUCUCGAAAGCAAAAGAGAGCUAGCGACGUGCUGUAAGAGAGACCCGAGCAUUGAAGUGAACACAACAAUCACCAACAAAUUCCUUCCACGACAACCCGGCGACUUGACCAUAAUGUACGACGUGAUCCGAGCCUACGAGCAGAAUUACCUAGUCGAAGUGAAGAUGGAAAACCACAACCCACUUGGCCGGCUCGACCAUUGGGAGCUAAGUUUCGACUGGAAGCGAGACGAGUUCAUAGAGAAAAUGCAAGGCGCGUACCCAACCGUCGUGGAUGCCACGAAAUGCAUCUUCGGUCCUCAGUCCAAAAUCUACCCUGGCCUCGAUUUCGCCGACGUCCUCACAUGUGAGAGACGGCCCGUCAUCGUAGACUUACCUCCGACCAAAAAAGAAGAUCCCACUUUAGGCAAAAUCUCUUCUUGCUGCAGAAACGGUACAAUCUUGCCACGUAUCAUGGACCCUUCCAAAUCAGCCUCCGUUUUCUUGAUGCAAGUCUCCAAAAUGCCACCGGAUUUCAACAGAUCCGCGCUCUUCCCGCCGCAGAACUGGAGGAUCAAAGGGACGCUUAACCCGGAUUACUCGUGCGAGCCACCCGUUCGGGUCAGCCCGACUCUCUAUCCGGAUCCGAGCGGUAUGCCCACUAACAAAUCAUCCUUCGGCAGCUGGCAGAUUGUCUGCAACAUCACACAAGCCAAGACCGAAAUCCCGAAAUGUUGUGUUUCCUUCUCCGCUUUCUUCAAUGACUCCAUCAUUCCUUGUAAUACUUGCGCUUGCGGUUGCCCUUCGGCAACACGACGCACCUGCAGCGCAGAUUCUCCGCCGCUUCUCAUGCCUCCAGAUGCUCUUCUCUUACCUUUCGAGAACAGAACCUCUCUUGUGGUUGCGUGGACAGCACUCAAGCACAAAACCGUUCCCAACCCGAUGCCGUGUGGCGACAAUUGUGGCGUCUCGAUAAAUUGGCACAUGGCGUCGGACUACAGAGGUGGCUGGACCGUGAGGAUCACGAUUUUCAACUGGGGAGAAAUUGAUUUCCCGAAUUGGUUUCUAGCGGUUCAGAUGAAGAAACCGGCGCUUCUUGGGUUCGAGAAAGCCUACACGUUCAACGCGAGCCUCUUGAGCGUGGACGGAGGUGUCAACAACACCAUUUUCAUGGGAGGCGUUCAGGGUCUAGACUAUCUUAUGGCGGAGGCUUUAGAUCCGAAGAAGAAUGUGAGGGUUCCGGGUAAACAGCAAUCGGUUAUACAGUUUAGCAAGAAGCUAACACCGGGGAUUAGAGUGGCGGAAAGCGACGGGUUUCCAGCGAAAGUGAUAUUCAACGGCGAGGAAUGUUUGCUUCCUGAGGUGUUUCCGAUUGCCAGUGGUGGUAGGAGAAAUGGGUUUAUAACGGUUUCGUUGUAUGUCGCGGUUUUUGUUACGGCGAUUAUAAUUGGGGAGUAA